AUGAUGUUCCCUGGUAUGAUGGCACCUCCUCCUAAGGAGUACAUUGCUCCCAAGUACAAGGCACCUUUGAGAGCGAUUGGCUUCGUAUUGUCUAUCUAUCUCAUGAUGCGCUUCGGUGACGAAUUGGAAAUGCCGGAGAACCCGAGGCAGUAG